UGCCCCCAGAUCCAGAAGAACCCUAGCCUUCAGUCUUCACUCUUCAGUCUUCAGUUCUUCACCCAGACACUACUCUCGAGCCUCACCUCACCUCUUGCUCUCAGUUCCCACGCCUCCAGUCUCCACCUCGAGCUUCCGGCGCAACCUCCGUCCAGCCACCGCCGCCGUCGCAAGUUCCGUGGAAGUCACUCACCGUCGCAAGUUCCUGGAGCCAGCUUGGAGAUUCGCACAACCCUUUCCGUCGCGAAGUCAGCCGUGGAAAUCGCAGCCACCGCCACCACUCCUUGCCGUCGCGCAGUGUAUUCCUGCCGGCGCCAGCCCUGUUCGACCCUUCCACCAUAGCCACUGUCCCUGUCGGCGCCAGCUCUGCAUUCUUUGCUGUCUUCCACUAACCCUAGUGAACCAGUAGCUAGAGCUGUUCGAUAACCGGUUCGGUUUUCAGAACCUUUUAAAAAACCCUAGUUCCGAAGCUGCCCACCCCCCUUCUCUCUCUCGCCUCUCCACCGUCUGUGCUCGGCUGCUCGCGUCUCGCGGUGCCUCCCUUCGCCAGUGAGUGCUCGAGCUGUGUGUUUUUUGCUGCUCGUCGUCCGUGGUUGUUCUUCCCUGCACUGCAGCGCCCGUAGUUGUCUCAGCUCGAUAAUGCCUCUCAGUCUCACUCGAGUCUCGUCUCAGUCACACUGCCACCGUCUUGUCAUUCGUCAGUCUCGUCGCCGUUGUCUCAACGUCUCGCGGCCUUCCCUGGUAUCCUCAUCGCCGGCGGCAGAAGCAACUAGUGGGGUUGUCGCUUUCUUCGUUGCCUUCCGUGGGGUCGUCGUCGCUCGUUGUUUUCUGGUUUUGGAUCCUCGCCCUCUCUGAGUCGCCGUGGACCGUUGAUCGAGUGGUGCCACGACGACAAGUGUGCGAGGUAAAGCAUCUCCGCCCCACCCAACCAUCCUUACUUCACGUUAACCACAACCCGCCGACCACGAGUCCCAGGUGGGGUGGUACCGGAGGAUUUCAUGAACUCCGAGGACUACCUCAAUGGCGAGGACAAAUUAAACGGCACCAAUAGGCUCCACUUUCUUCCCUCUUUGGGUGGAAGUGGCUCGAUUCCAUGAUUUCAGCGUGCUUGGAUGGCAAUUCCACUAUUCUCUGUCUCAACCAAUGAGGAAGUGUGAAUGGCGACGAAUAACUUUUCCUGAAGCUUAGAAACAUCUGAUUCCAUGAAUAACUUGGAUGUGAUGGAUACCAAAGUAACAAGUCACAUACUUUCCCGCUAACCUGCCCUUGUGCUUGAUAUGAAGAUUUCGAGUUACAACUGAUGCUCAUAAUAUGUUUGAAGAAUUGCUCAAAUCAAAAGGCAUGAAUGUCUUGCUCAACUCUGCUUGCAAACGCCCUUUGGGUCAAAUUAUGAGAGUUUCGAUCUCACUUUAUUCCACAUUGCCCCCAAUAUCAACACCGUUACCUCUCCAGUUGCAAGAGCUGUGCAGUGUUGUUACAAGCACUGUUGGUGGGUUAGAUGAAUUGGAGUUUAGUCUGAAUAAGUAUAGAGAUUCUUUGACUUCAUCUCUUGUAACUCAGGCUAUUGAUUCUUGUAAGCAUGAGGCACAUACUAGGAGAUUGCUCAGGUUCUUCUUAUGGUCUAGUAAGAAUUUGAGUUGUAAGUUAGAAGAUAAAGAUUAUAACUACGCUCUUCGAGUUUUCACAGAAAAGAAAGACUACACAGCGAUGGAUAUCUUGAUUGGAGACCUGAAGAAGGAGGGUCGAGUUAUGGAUGCCGAGACUUUUGGUUUUGUAGCCGAGACUUUGGUCAAAUUGGGGAAAGAAGAUGAGGCAUUGGGUAUUUUUAAGAAUUUGGACAAGUACAAGUGCUCUAUAGAUGAAUUCACAGUUACUGCAAUCAUUAAUGCUCUCUGUUCUAGAGGGCAUCCUAAGAGGGCUGAAGGGGUAGUUUGGCAUCACAAAGACAAGAUUGCAGGCACAAUGCUUUGCAUAUACAGAAGUAUCCUUUAUGGGUGGUCUGUGCAGAGGAACGUGAAAGAAGCUAGGAGGAUUAUUCAAGAGAUGAAAUCAAAUGGGGUUGCCCCAGAUUUAAUUUGUUACAACACAUUCCUCAGGUGCCUUUGUGAGCGGAAUCUUAGACGUAAUCCUUCAGGGCUUGUGCCUGAAGCCUUAAAUGUGAUGAUGGAGAUGAAGUCUUACAAGGUUUUUCCAACCUCGAUCAGUUACAACAUCUUGCUCUCAUGUUUAGGAAAGACCAGAAGGGUUAAAGAAUCUUGUCAAAUACUAAAAAAAAUGAAACAUUCUGGUUGUGCUCCAGAUUGGGUCAGCUAUUAUCUUGUAGCAAAGGUGUUGUUUCUGACUGGCAGAUUCGGCAAAGGAAAAGAUAUAGUGGAUCAAAUGAUCGGAAAUGGUUUGGUACCAAACCUUAAGUUCUACUACAGUUUGAUUGGUAUUCUCUGUGGGGUUGAAAGGGUGAAUCGCGCUCUUGAACUUUUUGAGAGAAUGAAGAGAAGUUCACUGGGUGGUUACGGACCAGUGUAUGAUGUGCUCAUUCCAAAGCUUUGUAGAGGAGGGGAUUUUGAGAAGGGAAGAGAGCUAUGGGAUGAAGCCACAGGCAUGGGGAUCUCUCUUCAGUGCUCAAGGGAUGUUUUGGAUCCUUCAAUAACGCAAGUUUUCAAACCUAAAAGGCCAGAAAAAAUCAGCCUUGAGGACAGCACAAUAACUAAGCCUCCAAAUAAAGUAAAAAAACUUUCAAGUAAAAUGAAGGUGAUGAGAACAAAAUCUGCUUCAAUGAAGAAGAAAAAGAGAAGAAAUAAAUAAAUAAAUCUACAGCACCUUUAAUGGCUUGAUUAUCUACGUAGUUGUUCUCUGUUCCCUCCCUUCCAUAGUAUAAAGGCUUGCUUAUCUUGGAUUAGCAUUCUACUCCUGUAUGUUGUUCUAGUUAAUUGUUAACUGUAUGCUAUCUAUAGCCUUGGGCAUAUUCUGCAUUUUUUAUACCAGAUUUUGGGAAAUUAUGUAAUUUCAUUUCCUGACAUGAAUUACCUUGGCCAAUCAAUGACAUAGUUUACUUUUUAUUAUCUUCAAAUUUUUCUUCAAAUCACCGUAGAAUAUGUGCUUGGAUCUUUGGGGGUGUCUGGUUGGGAGAAUUAUAGAGUUUUCCCAGGGAUCUUAAAAUGGGAAUAUCAUAUUUCCAUAUUUAGUGCAAGGUUUAAAAAACUAUUCCCAGGUAAAUUUUAUUCCUAGGAAUCAAAAUACAUAAUUUCCCAUGCCCAGGUGUCUAAUACUCAAAUUGUUGACCAAUUGCAUGGUUCUGGCCAAGCUUGUAGAUUUCAAUAGCUUGAUGAAGAAUCUUGAUUAAUGAGUCAACACUAUAUAAUGAACCAUAAUAUAAUAAGAAGAGUGGUGGUAUUUUAGGUGUAAGUAUGGUCUUUGUUAUUUAGAAUUGCUAUGAUAAUUGACUAUGUAAUAUAGAGAAAGGGGAUUUUGUUGGUAUUUGGUACUGUUGAAGCAUGCCAUUACGUUUUGAACCUAUGAUGGACUUUUGUAUAUUUAUUACUUGUUCCUUUUAUGUUGAGCUAACAAUAAUCAAAUGAAUUGAUACUGUUCUGUUAAUAGAAAUUCAAUUUGCUAGUAAAUACUUCUGAUCAAAUGAAUAUUCAACCCCUGCAUCUGUGCUCACUAUAGAAUUUUUUUAUAUCUGAUUUUAUUUUAUUUUUUU